AUGGCGGACGGGCAACAUCCGUCUGAUCACAGACAAAACAUAACUAAGAUGGCCCUGUGUCCAUCUUUCACAAUACGUUUACUUAUUAUAGCGAUUAUUUAUUCAGUGUGUUUGGAUAAAGUAUGUGUUUCUUCUUUGAAAUCGUGUCAGGAAUGUGAUCAGGGAAGGUGUAUUAAUGAAACCUGCACCUGCCUACCUGGAUGGAGAGGCAUAAACUGCGAUGAAUGUUACGGAAGAAUUAGCUUGCCACCAGGAAAGGAAGGGGUCAUACACGAUGGUUCAGCAAAUUAUUCCAAGGAUAUCACAUGCAGCUGGCUGCUAGCAGCCGAGCAGGAGAACAUGAGGGUGCGGUUAUUGAUCAAUGAUUUCGCCACAGAAUGUAUAUGGGAUCAUUUGUAUGUACACGAUGGGGAUUCGGCAUUUGCACCUUUAGUUUCUGUCAUCAGUGGCAUCAUGUGGGAUUUGAAAGAUAAACCAGAAAUCAAGUUUAAGUUAAGUGGGAAGUAUGCCUUCAUUCACUUUUACAGCGAUGCUGCGCUCACACUACCAGGAUUUAACAUUUCAUAUUUUAUUGAUAGCUGCAGCUUGGAGUGCUCAAACGGAAUUUGCAACAACAGUGUGUGUGAAUGCAAGCCUGGGUGGAAAGGAGUAAACUGUGAUAGCCUGAUAUCUGAGUGUCCUUUUAAUUGCUCCAAUCAUGGACAAUGCAUGGCCACUGGCGGAUGCAAUUGCUCUGACAAUUACACAGGUCUUAAUGAAUGCACAAAUAUUUUAAGUAAUGAAUGCACAAAUAUUUUGGUUUUCAGGUAUAGCAUAAACUCAAAAAAUUGGAUUGCAUUUGCAGAGCCAGGACCUAUUCCAUGGCCACGCUACGGACACACUGCAGUCUUUCAUAAGGGAGCCCUUUAUUUAUAUGGAGGUGUGAAAGGAACCAUGAUCAUGAAAGAUUUAUGGAUGUAUAACAUUACAUCUGGAACAUGGAGUACACUUGCCAGUUGUCCACGCAGCAUCUUUGGCCAUACCAGUCAUGUAGUAAAUGACAAAGUCUUGGUCAUAUUUGGCUACAGUCCAGACUAUGGGUACUCUAAUGAGGUUUUCGAAUACAGUAUUGCGACGAAUGCAUGGAGUGUUGCAAAGCAUGUGGGGAGCCUAGUUCAGGGCACUUAUGGGCACACCAGUGUGUUUGACACUGACCGACAGAAGAUCUAUGUGUACGGUGGCUACCAGAGUUCUAGUACCUAUCAGCACACAGAUCAGUUGUACCAGUAUGACCCUUACACCAACGAAUGGUACAUUUUGCAAGGUAGUGGCAGUGCCCAGUACUUGCACUCGGCAGCAAUGAUGAAUGGACUGAUGCUUGUCUUCGGGGGAAACACACACAAUGACACACAGAUUAGUAAACAGUGCUUUGCCUCAGAUUUCAUGAUUUAUGAUAGAAGUACGUUCAUAAGUUACUUUUUUGGUAGACUAUCAAGUCUUUCAUCUCUGUAUUGCAGCACUGUGUACAUAUUUGGUGGAUUUAACUCUUUUCUAAAGACUGACCUCCUCAUCAUCAGAGAAGGGAAUUGUACAUUUUACAAGAAUCAGGAUGCAUGUGAAUCAGCGAUUCCAGGAAUUAAAUGUCAGUGGGUGAACAACCAGUGUGUGACAAACACUAACACCACCUGUCACAGCAAAGAUUCAGAAGCAAAGUGUUUAGGAUACAACACAUGUAGUUCCUGCCAGAAUACUGCAGGGUGCCAUUGGUGUGGGGGCUUAUGUACCUCAUCUCCAGCGACAACACCCAACUGUAGCAUGGUUUGCACACAAAAAGUAUGUAGUGAUCAGCAUUCUUGUGAGAACUGCACCAGUGCACAGUGCAUGUGGUGCUCCAAUCUGGCUCAGUGCAUCGACACCAAUGCCUAUGUGGUUUCCUUCCACUAUGGCCAGUGCAUGGGCUGGAUCACAAAGGCUGCUGCAUGUAAUGGUAAGAACACUUCAAACAACUGCUCCACCUUAGCAACCUGUGCAGACUGUCAAGCCAGACCUAAGUGUGAAUGCCAGUGCAAUGGACACUCCACAUGUCUGAAUGGUUCCAGCACUUGUGAAAAAUGUCAAUUUCCAACUACUGGUCCUCAGUGUCAGUACUGCUCUGACGGAUAUUAUGGAAAUCCAGAAAAUGGUGGAAAGUGUACACCGUGUUUCUGCAAUGGCCAAGCUGACAGUUGUAAUCCACUUAAUGGUGAUUGUUACUGUCGAACCAGAGGUGUUACUGGUAAAUUCUACCAGCUCAACACUGAUUUCCAGUAUACAUUCAACUUGUCAAAGCUGGAUGAUACCCGUUUAACACAGAUCAAUUUCUUGAAUACUCCUACUUCGAGUGACAGAGAUGUUGAUUUCACCUUGAAUUGUUCUUCGGGUGGAUCCUCUGCAAUGAUAAACGUUACAUAUAAAUCAAAAACAUCCCCUCAAGAGAAAAUUUAUGUGACGGAACGCUCGUGUGACUACUUCCACAUCAAGUUUGACCACAAGACUUAUCCUUUGGCUGGGAAAGAAAACACCACUUUCUUUGUUUAUGUCUACAAUUUCAAGACACCGUUUAUGAUUCAGAUAUCAUUUUCACAGUUUCCAAAAAUAGAUCUUGUACACUUUUUCGUUACAUUCUUUAGCUGCUUCCUGUCUCUGUUGCUGAUUGCUGCAGCACUGUGGAAGAUCAAACACAAAUAUGACGGCUAUAGGAGGAGACAGCAAAUGAUAGUGGAGAUGCAGCAGAUGGCCAGUCGCCCUUUCUCCACCAUUGCUGUGGAGAUUGACCGUAAAUUUGAUUCCGCUGUUACAGACAAAAGAGAUCACUUAGAUUCAGUACUAAGAAGACGCAGGAAGAUUAGCAACAAGCCAUCGGCAAUAGCUAUUGAACCUCUUUCUGACCAUAAGGCAGCCAUUUUGACACUUCUGAUACAGUUGCCCACCGGAGAUUUAGAGUAUGCACCUAGUGGUCAGUCUGGAUUGGCUGUAGGCAGUGCACUCGUGUCUAUUGGUUCUAACAGGAAGCAGAGCUUAGAACAUAUCAAAGGGGAUAAACCAAAAAUACGGAAAGCUCUCACACAUAGUCACCCUGACGCUUGUGCUUAA